AUGUACUUUGUCUACCAUUCAGUGUACAAUGUGAACAAGGCAGCCUUGGACAAUGACCAGGAGGCAUCAUCAAGUCAACCAUGGCAAUACACAGCACCAACGACGUUGCGUCAACCCAACCCCAACCUCAACGCUGCCAUGGUUACCUUCGUUCGUGGAGACCGUGGUACUAUGCAAAAGCUACGACAUACCAUGCGAAACAUUGAGGAUUCAUUCAACGAACAUCACGGUUACCCCUACAUCAUAUUCACUGAUGAAGAUCUAAGCACGGAAUUCAAAGAGCUUGUCAGCUCUUCAACCAAGGGAGACGUUAUUUUUGAGAAGGUUGGAAAGGACUAUUACGGAUAUCCAAAGGGCAUCGAUAAGAAGAAGGCUGCUCAGGCUCGAGUUGACCUCAAGGAUGUUAUGUUUGGAGACAGUGAAGAUUACCGCUUCAACUCUCGUUUCUUGGCAGGAACCAUCUUUAGACAUCCUGCUCUCAAGAACAUGGACUACUAUUGGCGCAUCGAAGCAGGCACUGAAUACGUCUGCCCUAUUGCCUUUGAUCCUUUCCAAUACAUGAAAGACCACAACAAAAAGGUAUCCUUCUCAAUGGCUCUUUACGAAUACCACGAAACCUUGCCCACAUUGUGGAACACGGUGAAGGAAUUUGCAGACGAACAUCCUGAAUGGGUUGUUGAUAAAACGGAAGGGUCAGGCUCUUUAUGGGGAUUUGUAACCGAUGGAAACACUGGCGAUUUCAAUCGUUGUCACUUCUGGAGUAACUUCCAGAUUGCCGAUCUUUCGUUUUUCCGCGGCGAGCAGUACCAAGCAUACUUCAACUAUCUUGACCAAUCUGGUGGUUUCUUUUACGAACGUUGGGGUGACCCUGUAGUGCAUACACUUGCUAUGGUUCUGUUCUUGAAGAAAGACGAGAUCCAUCACUGGGACGACAUUGGCUAUAGUGUUGCCAACUUCUUUAUUCAUUGUCCCAACGACAAAUCCCUCUGGUCACAAUGUACUUGUCGGCCAGAAAAGAAUUUCGCUUAUAAUCCCUACAGUUGCUUCCCAUGGUUUGAGCGCGCCACAUAA